AUGGCCGACUACAACAAGCUUCAUCCCACAAAGCCAAGAGCUCUUACUACCAAACAACAAGCUGCUUUAGAUGCUUUUGACAAGCCGAGUAACCUAGGCAAACGGGUGACUACUAAGAAGGAGACAACCGAGCAUAAACCCUCUAAGCCUUCCAAAAGCAAGAAGCAAAAGUCAGAGACAGAAAGUUAUUCUAAGCCGAAGAAGAUCAAACGAAUGGCACGAAAACCUAGGGAUUCAUCUCCUUCUCAAUCUGACAACGAAGAUGAUGAAGAAGCCGCAUCUCCACAUGUGUCUCCAAGAGGUAAUAAUCCACCUCGAUCUCCUUCCCCAACUCAAGAAGUCAACAUUCCGACUCCACCUCCAUCACUAAAACAAUCCCCUCCUAAACCAGAAGAUGUUAAAAUUCCAACUCCACCCCCUUCACCAAAACAAACAACCCCAAAACUAACACCACCGAAACAGCCAACUCCAAUACCGACACCGAAAGUUCCAGUUGUGGUUGUUCCCACUUCUACAACCGAAACUUCUCUACCACCUCCACCAGUAUCUUCUAUUUCUAUUUCCACAACACCUUUAUCUACUCCAAUCAUUACCCCAGUCAAACCCACUACAAUCCCUGAACAAACAGCAAGGGUCAACGUAUCUAAUACGAGGGCACCUACUGUAUCCAACACCCCUGUCAUCACUAUACCUCCCUCGCCAACCAAUCAACUGGUUCUGGUGAUACUCUUGGAGGCGACAAUGUUGAGUAUGACUCCACAUACUUUAGUCCCUAUCUAUACUGAAGCUCCUAUCAACCGCCAACACUUAGACAAUAUUCAUGAGAAGUUGGAUAAAUUGCUUGCUGAUACGAACGCCUAUGGAGGGGUUAUUCUUAAAGCUUUUGUGGAGACAUCUAUAGAGCAAUAUACACAAGCUAUGUAUAAAUCAACCGAUGCCAUCAAAGAAUCGACUUCAGUUUGCAAGAAAGCUUCUGCUAAUGUUACUGAAGUUAUUUGCACAACUCAGAUCUUUUUAGAUUCUUUGAAAGGGCAUGCGGAUACGAAUGUAGCUAACAUUCGUGAAUCGGUUGCCUCUCUUUCUCAGUCUUUAAAGGAAGAACAAACGAAGUUUGAAGAAGUUCGUUCCUCAAUGAAAGCUGAUAAUACCUCUCUCAUUAGAUCGGUUUCCUCCAAACUGGACUCUCUGCAUGCAGAUAUUGCCAAAGAGGGUGCUCUAAAAGAAGAAAUUGCAAGACAAGCCUCUACAAUCACAGUCCAUCACGUGCAACUUGCUCAGGCAGAGAAGGAGAUUUCAUUUUGUGCCAAUGAUGUUAAGGACAUGUUGACGAACAUACUUGGUGCUUAUGAUCCAAUUCUGACUCUCACCAUUCGCAAUCAUCUCACAACCAAACUGCUUCCCGCCCUUGCUAUUCUUCAUGAAACGAAAGGUGUUUCGUAG